GUAAAAUAAAUAAAUAAAAACGAAACCCAAAUAACAAGGAAAGAAAUGAAAAUAAGUUGAAAAAACUAUUAGUAAUGCUUAUUUGAAAUUCAAUAUACAAGUAAUUAAAUGUGAUCAUUACAGGUGUAUACGUACGAUUAUAUUUUGAAGUGCUGCUGAGUCGUAACCUCGGUUUCUACCUCAUGAAUAUUAUCAUUCCUUCGAUGCUUAUUGUCACCAUUUCUUGGGUAUCAUUUUGGCUCAACCGUGAAGCGUCACCGGCACGAGUUGGUCUUGGUGUUACCACCGUGUUAACGAUGACAACACUUAUCACUACUACUAAUAAUGCGAUGCCAAAAGUUAGCUAUAUUAAAGGGCUUGAUGUCUUCUUGAAUUUUUGUUUUGUGAUGGUAUUUGCAAGCCUAAUUGAGUAUGCAGUAGUUAGUUAUAUGAACAAAAAAUUGGCGCAAAGGCGUGAAAAGAGGCGCAAACAAGCGGAACAACGAAUGCCUGUUGAAAUGCCUAUGUAUAGUCAAAUUACUUCCAGUGCUGAAACAAAAAUGUCAUAUCAAAAUAUGACUCUUAUCAAUGAUAACUAUGCCUCGCCGGGUAAAUCCUCCAUCAAACCAAUGGAUACGUUCCUUGCUGGUCCAGGCCAAAAUACCAUUAGUGUAACAGAAGCGAUGAUGCCGGAAUGUGAUUGUCGUACGAUACCACUGAUACAGAAUCCACGGUUGGUUACAGAUCGAGCAUUAUGGCCGGCACCGUUCGUGAAACCGAAACGAGCAUCAAGGACGUGUAGAAGCGUAACUCCGUCUAAAAUUGAUAAAUGUUCUCGCUUCUUCUUUCCUAUGCUAUUUUUCGCUUUUAAUUUAUUUUAUUGGACAAUUAUGACAGUGCUUAGUUCAUUUGUGGAUACCAGUGAAUAUACACUAUUUGAUUAG